CGAAUAUGUACUUCCGGUUUUGACACGAAAAGAGAUUUUUUUCUAUUUUUUUUUUACUACCCUGACUAUUUACAACCUUAGGACCAUGGUUUUACAGAUGGAAUGACCAUGGUAGAAGAUUUUAGAAGACAAAUGAUGUUGUAGAAGAUGUCUGCAACAUUUUACCGGUAGUUGAAAUUCUGGUUACCAUCACAAUGGAUCCACAUGACCAGCCUUCCACAACAAAGGCAAAUGAGGAGGACAUCAAAAUGGAGAAUACAGAAAUGAAUUCUGAUCUGAGAAACAUUAAGGAGAGAAUGCUGGAACGUGUAGCUAAGUCAAAUGCUCACUUUAAACAUCAGCAGCUAGGAGAGUCUGAUCUAACCAAGACAGAGAAGCUACAGAUAGCAGAGGAAAUUUUAAACAAGGGAGAUAACACAUUUCUGGCCAGGUUCUGGCAGCAUCUCUCUUUAGAGGACAUGGAUUAUUUCAGAGAGAGGAAAAAUGAUUAUGAGGUUAACUUUUAUUUACGAGAAAUUAGAAAAAACUGUAAUGCACAUUUCUGUACAAAUGUAGUGAAAAACAGACGCUAUGAAGCGAUGAAAAAGUUGGAACACGAUGGUGAAUAUUUCAGUGAGGAAGAGAUGAAGUACCGAGAUCCGUUUCUGUAUGAACAGCUGAUUGGUCAGUUUAUAACGGAGGAGGAGGCUCAGAAAAUGAUUGACAAGUCUGAUCUCCGAUUCUCUACCAUUCUGUUAAAACACAUGGAUAAUAUGGAGGAAAAGGAACUGUACAAGAUGGAAAAAGAAAGGGAGGAAUGUCAAGUGGAAGAAGAGGACACCAGUGAUGAAGAGGAAGAAAUCGAGGAUGACACAGAGGAGAUAUCCGAGGAAAAGAGACAGGAUUUACGAGCAGAAUUCACUCGGAUCAUGAAGGAAAGGUUUAUGGCUGGAGAGGACAGACAUUUUGACUACAGCUCAGUGGACCAUAAUGCUGAUUAUGAUGACCUUGACCUACUUGAUCGGGAUGAAGAAGAGAAGUACUUUAAUACUGAGGAAGAUGACAGCGUUUUUGAAGCAAGUGAAGAAAUGGACGGACAGAUAGACAGACAAACUGAGGCUAUGUGUUUGGAGGACAGUCCCUGUGACCAGAAUGACUCAGAAAUGACCAGUGUGGUCAAGUCUACAGCCACCUAAUGCUGACCACUGUGGUCAAUUCUACUGCCACCUAAUGCUGAAGUGUUGGAAAACUUAUUCAUCCUCAUUAUUUCAUUAAAUCUAAAAUUUAUAUUACUGAAUAAUCGUUGCAUGAAUGAGUAGACAAGUGAACAUAGUAGUUCUGAGAGAACCAUAUGAUGAGUACAAUGUACAUUUUGUUUUAUCCCAAUAAAUCGUUAAAGAUUGGAA